GGUCAGUGAUACAUAUAACAUCGACAACUCUACUCUAUUGCAUUCUCUUAGUAGUAAUUCAACGACUUUCGAUAAGUAAAACCAUUUCAAGGUCCGCCGUUGUUACUGGUUAGUGAAAGUUAAAAUCCCCAUAUUCAUGGAGACACUGCAAUCUCCCGUUACUUGGGCAGUCGAACAGUUCACAUAUGAACAUUUGGCUGCUUUAUAUUAUUCCUCUUUACGGUGAUAUCACGGUACGGUGUAACUUUGCUCGCUAAAUUCAGUUGCUAGUUCAGUUCAAUUUACCAAUCAUUUGUUCCUUGAAAGUUUAAGCAGUUUGUUGCGGUGCAUAGUUCACUUCGAGAUACGCGAGGAUCUGAUAUCUGGACAAGUGUCAAGUACUCUAACAUUUCUAAUUGACAAUCUUAUGUUCGGAUGUCAUAUGGUUCAGUUAUCAACAGAGCGAGCAGUGGUUAAACAAUCAAUUGACUUGUAUAAUCUCAUUCUUACUGUUAGUGUAAGUGUUCAUAAAAUGAAGUGUUAACUUUGUACGUAAUAACUUAUUCGGUUAUGUUACAUACAACGUAAAUCCGUGAGCUUGUCUUUAACGUUUAUUCAAUUCCUUCAUACGACUCUCAUCGCGAACUGCGCAGCUACGAAUUUAACGACUGGGAGCAUCGCCGUCGCGCUCGCGCCGCAGAUUUCCCGGGAAUCGAGACUUUCCGGGCCUGGAGAACCGAGAGUUUCCCUCAUUCACGAUUUCGCAGUGACGACGUGUGCCACGCUAGGAACGUUCACGGGCAACAGGUGCGCGUACUUACGAAAAGAAGAAAGACAAAAAUUCACGUUUUUAGUACCGCGAUUCGUUUGACAGUCCAUUUUGGAUUUUAAAGAUAGACAAAUAUUAUUUACGAGAAUAAAGUUUAAAAUCAAUAAUACCAAAAUGAGCGUCGACGAAAUUCUGAGUUACAAGCCCAGCGAGGACGAGGAUCUUUAUGCUCUUUUGGGAUGUGACGAAUCAGCAACGGUCGAGCAGAUUACCGCGGAGUACAAGGCAUUGGCUCUCCAGUACCAUCCUGACAAGAACGAAGGAAACAAGGAAGCUGAAGCAAAAUUUCAGCAAUUAAAGAAUGCCAAAGAGAUUCUGUGUGAUCCAGAAAAAAGGAGUAAUUAUGACAAAUGGAGGCACAGUGGAAUUUCAAUAAGUUACAAACGAUGGCUGGGCAUGAAGGAGUCCGUUCAUCAGUCUAUGCACUGGAGUUCGCCAAAGACCAAGGAUCGCAUGUUACCCGACCCAACAGGAGGCUCACCAGGUCACGUAAGAGGCCAGCCAGCCAAUGCUCACAGGAGGGCAUCAGAAGGUGGUGCAAAUAUCCACUACGGUGUCCGUCGCGACGUCAACUGGGAGGCGCAACCUGCCAGUGAGGUGAUGAAUAAAUUUCGCAAUUACGAAAUUUAAGUCGACCGUCAAUACUUCCGACCCCGCUGUCAACGUUGCCAAUUAUCUGUGUCUACCCGAAUGCACCUUGACCUGUCGUUCGAGAUCGUCCACUCUCCAGCAGGUACCUGUAUAAAAGAGAAUCUAUUAUGAGAUACAGGACGAUGCUUCGAUGUUUUGUGGUUGGACGAGGUGUAACGAUUACCUCGUCGUGAUUAGUAAUAGAAACGAGAAACGUUUCGCUAUUAUUUUUGAAAAGUACUGGUUGCGUUUAGAGUACACACCGAAUUGAAGCUACCCGUAGUGUAAUCGCCACGUGAAUUCAAUGACAAGUUGGACACGCAACCUAAGGAGAGAAUUAAUAGAGAAAAUGAGAAAAAAUAAUAAUAGGUACAUCCGUCAAAAUAAGUGUACCCUAAUUACGUGGUAUAAGAUCUGUAAACAAAAAGUACUCUGCGCAUCAAGUACCUGGAACAUAAUAUCUACUCAAUGGACUAUAUAGUCCACGGAUCAAUGUAUUAAUCUAUCAUUCCGUCAUAUCCCUAAUAGCUUAUGUACCUUUUGAGAGAGAGUUUCUGAAAUGAGAGAGUAAUUUCCGGAAUGGGCUUUUACCCUUUGUCAGACUCCUACAUAUACAUAUUUGUCCUCCACACCUUAUUCCUCGUCGACAAUCCAGAGCUCAUAUUUUCCAAGAGGAGGACACGUGUGAGAUGAUGUUGUCUCGUCACCUCGUAUUUAUAUACAUAUGAUAUAUAAAUUUAAAUAUAUAUAUAUAUAUAUACACACACAGGAAACUCGUACGUAGAUAAAGAGACAAAUCUGGAGAAAUAUAUACAAUACGUCUAUAAAUAUUAAGCAGAAAUUACAUUUGAAAACUAAUCGACGCGUAUCCACGUCCGCGUUACAGUUAAUAUUUUAAUACGUACUUACCUCGGUGACUUUGCGAAAAUUCGCAACAAAACUUUUUGCCCCGUUUCUCUCAUGUAUCGUCGUGCGCGAUUCUAAAAUCCCGAAUCCCUUUUGAUUCUGGCGGACGCGAAUGGAUCGUGAUGCUCAUUUUCUGCUUGGUUUGCCUUUCUGGAAAAAAAAAAUAUUGCAUUGACGUCUUUGUCGUUUAAAAAAAAAUAAUAAUAAUAAUAUGUACAAUUGACCGUCCCAAGUGGACAAUUGAUUUGAUAAGUGAUAUUUACCGUGUUUCACGGUUUUAUCGGGGAAAAAAAAAGGAAAAAAGAAAGCGAUGUUACUAAAGAUGUUCACUUCUGAAUCUACGAACUGUGAUGUAAGCCUUCCCUUCCAUGAUGAUUUUCCAAAAUUAAUUGUGAGAUUCACGACGUGUAGGAAAAGAGUGAAUAAAAAAGAAAGGGUAAAUGAAAGAAAAGAGCCUGGAUAAGAACGUCCGUUCUCAGCGAUAUCUUGCACGAGACGUUAUGUAUCUUUUCCACGGGGAAAAAAUAUGCUCGACAAUGUAUAAGAGUAAAAGGAUAUUUCCGCGUGCACGACCUUUUCGUUCUCCUACGAGUCCUAGGAUACUCGCCACGCGUCGGUCGGUCCACACGAUAAUAUGUAUUUAAGUGAAUAAAUGUGUUAAUAAAAAUGUAUUGUCGUUA